ACUUGCCACCAAACACAAACACAUGUAAAUACACUAUGGUGACCUAAUUGUCCAGUGAACAGCAAAGGAAGCCGCGCAUACGACGGUCUCGCCGCCCCAAUUUCGUUGGUUGCUUUGAACUUACCAACACGUUAUCGUCUUUGCAAUUGAAGCCAUGGGCAACACCAGCUCGUCGUCCUCACGCGGUCACCACGACGACACCGUUGACUACGGUUAUCUCGCUCCUCAGGGCGUCUACACUGGUCCCAAAGAUUGGAAUCAUGGGAUUGUCACCCAGCUCAUCGUAGAUCGCAGGCUUGCUCCUUUCUAUCGACCUCUAGAAGAUUAUAAUGAAAACUGGGACGAUGAGCAGAUCAUGUCAGCUAGGAGAGUCAUUCCAGAUACUGACAGUACCAACUCCGACACCCCUCCUACAAGGGUUGACUCCCGAGAUUCCACAAAGCCAACUCAUCAAUCUAAACGGCCUGGUGCAUUGAAGGAGUCUUGCCGUUAUCCAGAAGCUGCCAUUUACAGAGGUGCUGUAGAAUGCCCAAUAUGUUUCCUUUAUUAUCCCCCUAAUAUGAACCAUUCAAGGUGUUGCGAUCAAGCAAUAUGUACGGAGUGCUUUGUUCAGAUAAAGAGGACCGAACCCACGGCUACGCAUCUCGUAUGUGAGCCAGCAGCAUGCCCAUAUUGUGUGCAGGAGAAUUUUGGUGUAGUAUAUACACCUCCAUCAUGGCGUACUGGAAUUGGGAGCGAUGGAACGUCGUUGCCAGUAUGGUCGGAUGCUCCCAAAGGCUCGCAGCAGAAUAUACCCAAUGCGGCCCAAAAACGACGUCGCAAGAGCUUUGGUCAUGAUAGUCCGGAAGUGGUCACUACAGAUUCUAUAAGGCCGGACUGGGAAGCUAAACUUGCCGCCGUUCGAGCUGCAGUUACGCGCCGUGCAAACAGGCGAAUAAUCAUGCGUCAAGUAGGAGACAGACUCAUCCCAGUUGGUGUGACCAGUGGCCGCGUUCAUCCCCUACCGACUGGCGAGGCUCAGGAUGGCGGUGAAGUAGACAACGGUACCAGUCGAAGAAGUCGACGACAUAGAAAUAAUGGUGGUCAGCCGGACAUCAGUCAGUUGUUGGGUCAGAUGGGGCUUGGCGGUCAAGAUCUGGAAGAGUUAAUGGUGAUGGAGGCUAUGCGCCUGUCACUUUUAGAGCAUGAGGAGCAGCAGAAAAAAGAAGAAGAGAAACGGAAGAAAGAAGCUUCUGCUACUGCUUCAGUAGAGGGAGAUACUGCUGGUCGGUCGAGUGAGGAUCGGACGACGACAGACACAGUAGGGAACGACGCUUCCAAUAUCCCAUCGGGCGCCCGGAGCUUGGAGUCAGGAGAGGCAAUAGCCGAAGCGAAUCACGGUGGUAGUCGGGCAAUGACUCCUGCAGCAGGUCAACCAACCUCUUCAUCUCACUCGCAGACACCCGUUGAUGCCAACGCCACCCGCAGUGAUGGGACAAUCUCGAUUUCAGGCUACCCACAAUGCCUGACACCGGGCACUUCAUCUCCGAUGAUUAAUAAUGGAACUGUUGAUUCAGCAUCGGCCGUGCCCGAUGGAGUAGCCAAGCUCUCAAGUCAGAAUGCUUCCAUGUAUAUUGACAGCAUGCAGCCAUCCGCAGGGACGCCUGGUGCGACCUCCGUAUCGACCUCUAUUUCCAGCCUCAAUACUCUAGGACAGCCAUCUUAUGAUGUACUUCCAUCUUCACCAGAAUCGUCAAUGGAGCAGCCGUUAUUGAAGACGGACUCGGUAGGCCGGGCGGCUGCCGUAAAGGCCGCUGAUUCAUGAUCGUCAAUUGCAUGGUACUGGGAUGGAGGUGGAGGUGGUGUUAGUUAUCGUGUCAUUCAUCGUUUAUAGAUCCUGGAGGAGCAUCUUUCGUAAUUCAUAAUGUUUGCAUACUUGUUAAACAGCCUGUUGAAUACAUCACCACGACAUGAAUUUGAAUUUAUUCGCCACUCUCAUGUUAUGGCGUAAUUGCCGUUCACGAUCAAAC